GGGAAAGAUGGCGAUCCUCCAUUGCUGAGACCUGGCAAGGAGCACAUGAGACUCACAAAACAACUUCCACAACAAUAACAAGAAGAAGAGCUAGGCAGAGAGGAAGAGGAGAGGAGGCAGCAGCCAGAGCAGCAGUGCCGGGACGCUCCUCUUGGAGGAAUAAUUCCAAUAUCAACCCUCAGAGGACCAAGAAUCCCCGUAGUUUGACUGGAAACCGAAUCAUUGGAAAAGACCUACGAGUUGAAAUUUUCUAAUGUAAAAGGUCACCCCUGAACCAUGGAGGUGCUGCAGUGUGAUGGCUGCGAUUUUCGGGCUCCAUCCUAUGAAGAUCUAAAAGCUCACAUUCAGGAUGUUCACACUGCUUUUCUGCAGCCAACAGAUGUCUCUGAAGAAAGCCCUAGCCAACCAAGGUCUGGUUCCAUGAAUGCUAGCAACCAGACUGAGAUUGAAUUUUCUUCUGUAAAGGAUGAAUUUACAAUUGCAGAUGAAAUAGGGCAAAAUGCAGCAACUCAGAUGGGGACUGGAAGUUACUAUAGCCAGAGCCAGAGUUUCUAUGGUCAGCAUAUGGCUCCAAAUCCUAAACCAACCAACAAGUUUUUCCAGUGCAAGUUCUGUGUGCGUUACUUCCGUUCCAAAAAUCUCCUUAUAGAGCACACACGCAAAGUUCAUGGAGCCCAGGCUGGGGGGAGCUCAGUGGGGCCACCAACCGCUGGUUCCUUAAAUUACAACAUCAUGAUGCAUGAGGGGUUUGGCAAAGUUUUCUCUUGCCAGUUCUGCACCUACAAAUCACCUAGGCGUGCAAGGAUUAUUAAGCACCAGAAAAUGUAUCACAAGAACAACCUGAAGGAGAGUUCAACUCCCCCAGCUGCUGCUGCUGCUAUAUCUGAAUCGACGUCUACUGCUGUGCCCAUGCAGGAGCCCUGCAAGGAGCUGCCUGCAGAGGUGGUCGAAAGAAGCAUUUUGGAGUCGAUGGUCAAGCCUCUGACAAAGUCUAGGGGCAACUUUUGCUGUGAAUGGUGCAGCUAUCAGACGCCUCGAAGGGAGCGCUGGUGUGACCACAUGAUGAAGAAGCAUCGCAGCAUGGUAAAAAUACUUUCAAGCCUGAGGCAGCAACAAGAAGGAACUGGUGCAUCUGAUGUGCAGAGUAAGAGCACCCAGAAUGCCUCCGCAAACUCUAAUUAUAUCUCCAUGAAUACAACAGGACGUGAGAUGCCAAAUGCUAAUGUCUCAAACUUCAGAAGUUCUAUGGGGAAUUCUCUCAUUAGGCCAAACUCUUCUACAUCCUCCAAGUUUUCUUCUGUGUCUUAUCCUCAGAUGAAGCCUAAGUCACCUCACAACUCGGGCAUGGUUAAUUUGUCCGACAGGUCCCGCUAUGGAAUUGCUGAUAUGACAAAUUCUUCUGCUGACCUGGAAACAAACAGUAUGCUAAAUGACUCCAGCUCAGAUGAAGAACUAAAUGAAAUGGACAGCGAGAAUGGCUUGAACUCCAUGGAUCACCAGACCCCAGGAAUGUCUGCAGAGCAGCUGAUGGGUUCUGAUGGCAACAAGCUAUUGGAGACAAAAGGGAUUCCCUUUAGAAGGUAUAUGAACAGGUUCCAGUGUCCUUUUUGCCCUUUCCUUACAAUGCAUCGCCGAAGCAUCUCUCGUCACAUUGAGAACAUCCACCUCUCUGGGAAGACAGCUGUAUACAAGUGUGAUGAAUGCCCUUUCACCUGCAAGAGUUCAUUAAAGCUUGGAGCCCAUAAGCAGUGUCAUACAGGUGCAACACCAGACUGGGACACUGUGAACUCUCAGAGUGAAAGCAUUGCCUCUUCUUUGAAUGAGAGCACUAUGUCUUAUGAGACUGGAAGUAUAAAUGGCAGGAAGUCAGCUGGGAUGAUGGAACCAGUGCCACAGCAGCAGCAGCAACAGCAGCAAUCACCCCAGCCUCAUUCACAGCAUCCCUACAAGUGCACAAUGUGCAACUAUUCUACCACAACUUUGAAAGGCCUCAGAGUUCAUCAGCAGCACAAGCACUCAUUCUGUGACAACUUGCCAAAGUACGAUGGACUGCCAUCCAACAUGCCACAGGAGAGUGAGGCAGAUGUGCACACCUCUGCUAGCACAGUAAAGAAAAGCCAGACUUCGAUUCUUGGUCUCUCGUCUAAAAAUAACUUUGUUGCAAAGGCCCCUCGGAAGGUGUCAAAUGACUUUCCUUUGGAUCUCUCACCUGUGAAAAAGAGAACUAGAAUUGAUGAAAUUGCAAGCAACCUGCAGAGCAAAAUCAACCAAAACAAACAGCAAGAAGAUGCUGUGAUUAAUGUUGAGGAUGAUGAGGAAGAGGAGGAAGACAAUGAGGUAGAGAUAGAAGUGGAGCUGGACAGAGAAGAAGAGCAAACAGAACCAAUGAUAGAGGUUUCCAGUUCUUACACAACUCAGCAAAUGUGGGGGAGAGAGGCUAAUGAUUCCCAGAAGGAGGCAAGUUUCAGAAGCAUGCAGCAUGAUUAUAAUUCCACUAAUGGAGCGGAGAUUGAGCUUACUUUAUCGGAAGAUGAGGAAGAUUAUUAUUCUUCUGUCAGCAUGAAAGACCAUCAGAGCCCUAAUGCCUCUGUUCUGGGGAGCCAGUCAAACAUGUACGGUGCCGAUCAGAACAAUGAGAAUGCAGAGUUUAAUGACUCUGGGAGGCUUUAUUACUGUAAACACUGUGAUUUCAGCAACAAAUCUGCCAGAAGUGUUAGCACCCACUAUCAACGGAUGCACCCCUAUAUUAAAUUCAGCUUUAGAUAUAUCUUGGAUCCCAAUGAUCACAGCGCCGUAUACAGAUGUCUUGAGUGCUAUAUUGACUACACAAACUUUGAAGACCUGCAGCAGCAUUAUGGAGAGCAUCACCCUGAAGCUAUGAAUGUAUUGAACUUCGAUCACUCUGAUCUGAUCUACCGCUGUCGCUUCUGCUCUUAUACAAGCCCGAAUGUUAGAAGCCUGAUGCCACAUUACCAAAGAAUGCAUCCUACAGUGAAAAUUAACAAUGCAAUGAUAUUUUCAAGCUAUGUUGUUGAGCAGCAAGAAGGGCUGACCACAGAGUCUCAGACGCUGAGAGAGAUCUUGAAUUCUGCUCCAAAAACUAUGGCGACCUCAACCCCCGUGGCUCGUGGGGCUGGUAUGCCAGCUGGUUUUACCAAAAGUGCCGCAAAGAGUUUUAGUCCUGAAUGCGAAAAUCAGAAGGAGCCUUCAGUCAAUACUGUGGUUGUUUAUGACUGUGAUGUUUGUUCAUUUGCAAGCCCGAACAUGCAUUCAGUUCUAGUACAUUACCAGAAAAAGCACCCUGAAGAAAAAGCAUCUUAUUUCAGAAUUCAGAAGACCAUGCGUGUAGUCUCUGUUGACAGGGGCUCUGCUUUGGCUCAAAUGUCUUUUGAGAUGGGGACACCUGUCUCCCCCAAACUGUCUAAUUUGGCUUCACAACCUCCACCUCCACCACCCCCACCUCCAGACCUUGCUACUGAACUCUACUAUUGCAAACACUGUUCAUACAGCAACCGCUCAGUUGUGGGCGUGCUUGUCCACUACCAGAAAAGACACCCAGAAAUAAAGGUCACUGCCAAAUAUAUUAGGCAGGCACCUCCCACUGCAGCAAUGAUGAGGGCUGGUGAGUUGCCACCUGGUAUUCAGAGGCCGCCAGUGUCAAUGCAGUUGAGCCGGGGUAGUUCUGAAAGCUCUGUGAAUCCUCCCGAGAAUGAAAUGUUCUUCUGCCAACACUGUGAUUAUGGAAACCGAACCGUGAAAGGCGUGCUCAUUCAUUAUCAAAAGAAGCAUCGUGACUUCAAAGCUAAUGCAGAUGUGAUUAGGCAGCAUACAGCCACCAUUAGAAGCCUUUGUGAUCGCAGCCAGAAGAAAUCAUCUGGCAGCAUGCCUGUUCACACCUCCAGCACCGAGCGGGACAAGUCAAAGUUGAGAGCCCUCAAAUGCAGGCAGUGUAGCUACACCUCGCCUUACUUCUAUGCAUUGAGGAAGCAUAUCAAGAAAGACCACCCAACUCUAAAGGCCACGGUAACAUCCAUUCUAAGAUGGGCAUUUUUGGAUGGCUUGAUAGAUGCUGGUUAUCACUGUGAAUGGUGCAUUUAUUCACACACGGAGCCAAGUGGUUUGCUUGUGCAUUACCAAAGGAGACAUCCUGAGCAUUAUGUUGACUAUACAUACAUGGCAACUAAACUCUGGGCUGGUCCCGAUCCUUCCCCUCCUGCUCUAGUGAUGCCGACAGAGACAAAGACCUAUAAAUGCAGAGAUUGCAUUUUUGAAGCAUCUUCUAUUUGGGAUAUUACUAAUCACUACCAAGCUUUUCAUCCUUGGGCCAUGAAUGGAGAUGAAUCUGUGUUGUUAGAUAUCAUUAAGGAGAAAGAUGCUGCUGAGAAAUCUAUUGCACAGCCUGAUGAAACUGGGGCCAGGAUCAGUUCAGAAGACCAGAUUACAACAUCACAGAUGGACCAUGAUGCAGAGUGUGCAGAGGACCCCAGCCUUUCCCAGGAAAAAACUGUCCAGCUGGCAUCUGCAAACCCUGCCAUUUCCUCCACUCCAUAUCAGUGUACAGUUUGUCAGUCUGAGUACAACAACUUGCAUGGUCUCCUGACACAUUAUGGCAAAAAACAUCCUGGCAUGAAAGUGAAAGCUGCAGACUUCGCUCAGGAUAUAGACAUUAACCCAGGGGCUGUGUAUAAAUGCAGACAUUGCCCAUAUAUUAAUACACGUAUUCAUGGUGUCCUCACACACUACCAGAAACGACACCCAUCAAUAAAGGUCACUGCUGAAGACUUUGUACAUGAUGUGGAACAGUCAAAUGACAUCACUCAGAAUGAUGUGGAAGAGACGAGUAGGAUUUUCAAGCAAGGCUAUGGUGCUUAUCGGUGCAAACUUUGCCCUUAUACACAUGGUACACUGGAGAAGCUCAAAAUUCACUAUGAGAAAUACCACAAUCAGCCUGAAUUUGAUGUUUUUGCCCAGUCACCGCCAAAGGUGUCUGCCUCAGUGGAGCCAGACAUAGUGACUGAAAUCAAGGCAUCCCCAGAAAUUGCUGCUGAGGAUGUUGGAGAAAUCUCUGUCCCAGCACCUCAUUUUUCCAGUUCUCACUUAGUGUCUCACACAGUUUUCCGGUGUCAGCUCUGCAAAUACUUCUGUUCUACCCGGAAGGGGAUAGCCAGGCACUACCGCAUCAAACAUAACAAUGUCCGGGCACAGCCAGAGGGCAAGAACAACCUGUUCAAGUGUGCUCUAUGUUCCUACACCAACCCUAUCCGCAAAGGGCUUGCGGCACACUACCAGAAAAGACAUGACAUUGAUGCUUACUACACUCACUGCUUAGCAGCCUCCAGGACUGUAAGCGACAAACCCAAUAAAGUGAUCAUUCCAUCUCCUCCCAAAGAUGACACUCCUCAGUUAAGUGAGGAGUUGAGGAGAGCUGUGGAAAAGAAGAAAUGCUCACUUUGUUCCUUCCAGUCCUUUAGCAAAAAGGGUAUUGUGUCCCACUACAUGAAGCGUCACCCUGGUGUUUUCCCUAAGAAGCAGCACGCAAGCAAGCUGGGGGGCUACUUCACAGCUGUAUAUGCUGAUGAACAUGAGAAGCCAACUCCAGCUGAGGAGAGGAAUGAUUUUGAAAAGCCUGAGGUGGAGAGCGAAGCUCAGGAAGUUGAGUGGCUUCCUUUCAGGUGCAUAAAAUGUUUCAAGCUCUCAUUCAGCACAGCAGAGCUGCUGUGCAUGCAUUACACUGACCACCACAGCAAGGAUUUGAAGAGAGACUUUACCAUACUGGGAAGCGGCACCCGUUCACAGAAUGCUGUCUACCAGUGCAAGCACUGUGAUACUAAAUUACAUAGCACGGCAGAGCUGACCUCACACUUGAAUAGUCACAAUGAGGAAUUCCAGAAGCGUGCCAAACGUCAGGAGAGGAGGAAACAACUUUUGAGCAAGCAGAAAUACGCAGAUGGUGCUUUUGCAGAUUUCAAGCAAGAGAGGGCUUUUGGACAUUUGGAGGAUGUUUCAAAACUUAAGGAGAGGAAAGUGGUUGGCUACAAAUGUAAAUUUUGUGUGGAAGUCCAUCCAACACUUCGAGCCAUCUGUAAUCACCUCCGCAAGCAUGUCCAGUAUGGGAAUGUCUCUUCUGUGUCAGCUACAGUAAAGGGUCUGCGAUCUCACGAGAGGAGUCACUUGGCUCUCGCCAUGUUUACCCGAGAAGACAAGUACAGCUGCCAGUAUUGCUCCUUUGUCUCAGCUUUCAGGCACAACCAUAUACUCAAAGCUCACGCUGGUGAACAUGCCUACAAAUGUUCCUCCUGCUCAUUUUCCACCAUGACAAUCAGCCAGCUGAAAGAGCACUCCUUGAAAGUGCAUGGGAAAGCACUGACACUACCACGACCCCGCAUUGUCAGCCUUGCAGCCUCACACGCCCACCACACCUCCAAGAACCACACUGCUGCUGAAGAAGUGGAGGACUCUAAUGACUCCUCAUACUCGGAGCCUCCUGAUGUUCAGCAGCAGUUGAACCACUACCAGUCUGCAGCUUUGGCGAGAAACAACAAUAACAUCAGCCCAGUCCCACUUUCUGGGAGUGCCGCAGGAGUGGAAAAAACAGAAGCCAUCCUUAACUGUGAAUUUUGUGAGUUCUCCUCGGGUUACAUACAGAGCAUUCGACGUCAUUACCGUGACAAGCAUGGAGGGAAGAAACUCUUCAAGUGCAAAGAUUGUUCUUUUUAUACAGGCUUUAAAUCUGCUUUUACUAUGCACGUGGAAGCUGGGCACUCAGCAGUUCCUGAGGAAGGACCCAAAGACCUUCGCUGUCCUCUCUGCCUAUAUCACACCAAAUACAAACGCAACAUGAUUGACCAUAUAGUACUGCACAGAGAAGAGCGGGUCGUUCCCAUCGAAGUCUGUCGUUCCAAAUUGUCAAAAUACUUGCAGGGAGUUGUUUUCCGCUGUGAUAAGUGUACCUUUACCUGCUCCAGUGAUGAGAGCUUGCAGCAGCACAUAGAGAAGCACAAUGAACUGAAACCCUACAAAUGCCAACUCUGCUACUAUGAGACCAAACACACAGAAGAGCUGGAUGCUCACCUUCGAGAUGAGCACAAGGUGAGUCGUAAUUUUGAGCUGGUUGGACGGGUUAACUUGGAUCAGUUGGAGCAAAUGAAGGGAAGAACAGAAACUUCCAGCAGUGAUGAGGAAGAAAAAGAAGAAGAGUUAAGUCCCAAGACUGAAGAGAGAGAUCCCCUGAUGUUUCCUGACAGUGGCGCUCUGGAGAAGCGCUUCCCGUGUGAGUUUUGUGGCCGGUCAUUCACAGAGGGCUCUGAGUGGGAGCGACACGUGCUGAGACAUGGCAUGGCACUGAACGAAUGCAAGCGCAGGAGCAUUGAUGACAACCAGCUGAAGGAGGACACGGAGGAGACUGUUAGCACGCUGCCGGCAGAAGAAAAGGAAAGCAUUGAGAAAAUGAUGGUGGACUUCUCCCACAACAGCGAAACAGCAGUCAGUGUGGUAGCUGCUGACAAACCUCUCCAAGAGAACUCAGAGACCAAAAACGAAUAAGCAUUUGGUGUUAUUUUAAUCAACUUACUUGAACAGUGAUGAACGGGGUGGGGUGGGUGGGCUGGUGGGGUGGGCAGAAGGAAGAAACAAAGCUGCUUUUAGGACUGAAUGAUCUAUUUUCAAAGCACUGGUACCUGUGUGAGUGUGUGUAUAUUAAAGUUAUUUAAAUGAUGGAAUAAGUGACUCCAUUACAUCACUGCAUCUUUUCUUCUGGAUCUUGACAAUGGGAAGUUACGUUCAUCUUGGACUAAUGAAACAACUCCCUGUGUUCCUACAUUACACAACAUGCUUUGCAGUGGAGACUCGGAUUGUUUGUGAAUGGAAGCGUCGUGAGCAUGGAAGCAGAGGGUGGGGGUGGGGAUAACUUUUCAACGCACAAAUUUGGGUGCGUUUUUCUAGUUUUAAUACAUAACGCUUUUCCAGACUGAAUGCAACUGCUUUAGAAAAAGAAAAGAAAAAAAAAAAAAAAAAAAAAAACAGAAACUGCUUUGCUUAAAACAGUCACCUGUUUCCUAGUACCUCAGAAUUAACCAAGGGAGAUCUCUGCAUUUGUCAGUACUACCUGUUGUCAUUGUGGUUAAAUGUAGAGAGACUGCUGGGCAAGGUGGUGAAAGGAGGAAGAAAAAAAGUUUUAAAGGAAAACAAAUUGUGCUUAAAAUCCCAGUGUGGGUUUUAUUUCUUAAAAUACUGUGAUUUUUUUAAUUAUUUUAGUAAAAAAAAAAAAAAAAAGAGAGAGACUUUAAUUCCUAGAUAACUGUUUGUGAAUUGUCAUCCUUUAUUCCAGGUAAGCUGUUUGUUAGUAUUCAACUAUAAUUUUAGAAUUUGAUAGAUUUCAUGUGACUGAUUGUGCAGUUUUGUUUGCCACAUUUAUUUUCUGAGGUGUUACAAAUACAGCACAAUUAAGUUUCUCAUAUAAAACGAAUAUUUCUUUUCAAGGGGGGGGUACAGGGAAAGGAGACUAGAUCUUGUGAAUAGAUUUUUUGUUGUUGUUGUUAAUUUUAAACAUACAAAUAUAACAAAGAAGGUGGUUUUUUUGGGUUUUUUUUUUUUUUGGUUUUUUUUUGUUUGUUUGUUUUUUAACUAAAGAACCAAACUUACGGCACAGCUAUGCAGCUUGCAGGCCAAACAUGUAGGUCCUCAUAACCAUUCUGUUGCUUGUCAUAUUAACAUCUAUCAGUCACACAUUAGUAUUUUUUUUGUUAAGAUUGGCUGCCUUUUUUUUCCUUCCGUCUGUGGUGUGUGUUUUUUCUUUUUGUUUUGGUAUAGUGGGAGGGAGGGGGUGUCUUUUAACACAUCUUUUUGCAAGUGGAGAUGAAAUAGUUACAUAUGACAUUGAGCCUGGAGAACUACUCUUACUCGAUUAAAGACGGGAGUUGCUAAUUUUUUCCCCUCCUCCUUAGCUUUUAGCAUGAGGGGAGCAGCGUAGAGUGAAUAGGAACUUGUGUACCUAGUGGCUGAUCCUGCGCUUUUUCUUGGGUGGAAAGCCUACCAAACUCAAUGGGACUUUUGCCUGAGCAAGGAAUACAGGAUCUAGUGCCCGUGGUAUGUUCUGAUUGUGAACAAAAAAAAAAAAAAAAAAAAAAAAAAAAAAAAAAAAAAAAAAGUUUAUUUCCAAAAAGUAGAAAGUACUUGACUGAAACCUAGUUUUAGAAAUGCAUGUGUCUUUGUUUGUUUUUUUUGUUUUCGGGGGAAUCUAAGGGGGGAGGGGGGAAACAAGAAGCUGCUGAGGAAAUGGUGUCCCAGAGAGCUUCAUAUAAAAUUGAUGGCAAAAAUGUUGCAUUUGUGGAAUAAGUGCUACUUGAGAAGCAUGGUGUUUUGCUUUUAAGGAUUCAUCAGUUGUGGAUUUGGGGGAUUCUUUUGUUUUUUGGUUUUUUGAUUUUUGUUUUUUUGAAGUAGGGAGGGAGUGUCAUGUGAAGAACACAUUGGAGGGACAAAUAUAAAUGCACAUUUUGUGUCUGUAUUUGUUUUUUAAUUGGCCUCAUUUCAAAUGUAUUAAACAGUUCCAUACCUGGAUUGGGUGUUUGUAAUGGUUACCAAAAACAAAAAAGAAAAAAAAAAGAAAUGAUUGUGACAUGCUUUUAUCACUACUUUAUUUUUCGAAUAACAUGUAAAUAUUGUAAUCCAUUGGAUUUUGUUUUGCUAACCUGUUAAUAAAAAUAUGGGACCAUUAUCCUUUUAACAAGCCUAGAAUGUCAUAUUUUUUCCUUUUUUUUCUUUUCCCAAAAAUGUAUACCUGAUAUAUUGUGGACACACAUUUUAGAUGCAUUAUUAUGAUUCUGUUGACUGUAAUGACAUAGAAUUGAAAAUAACAUUUUUUUCAUUGUUUAAUUUAUACAGAGGACUUUUUCAGAGUUUGACAGAAGGAAAUAAAUAGCAAAAUGCUAACCCAUUGGCUUCAGCACUCGGUAUUUCCUGAUUUUUAAAUUACUGCAUACUGAUUGGGGAUAGGAAGGGGAUACUGAACUGUUGCACUGACGGGUUUGUUUUUUUUUAAAAAAAAAAACAAUGAAAAUUAAUAAAAACUUUUUAAGAGUG